CACGGAGCCCAGAUUCCAGCAAAGUCCUGCCUGGGGCUGAUGUAGACGCCAAGCGCAGAAGAUUGAAACCUCGCCCCCUCCCCUCCAAGGCCGGAGGAGAGCAGGAGGCCAAAUCCAUCGGCGGUAGCUGGAAUGGGGCGGGAACAGCACGACAAUAGCGUCCGCCCACGGGGGCGUUGCUCUUUCGUCCACUGUUGCGCUUUCCUCCGUUUCUUGCGUUGCUGUCGCCAGUUUCGGUUUCCUAGAAGACGAAGCAGGAAGAACGGACGCGGCUGACGCUAUGUAUCGUGUGCUUAGCCGGGAUCCUGUGGAUAUUGAGAAUAUCUUGGCUCUAAAUCCUCGCAAACAAACUUAUGCAACUUUGAAUUCAACUGCAGCAAAGAAAUAUGAGAAAAAACACUGGAAAAGGAAUGCGGAUAAAAACUGUUCAACGUGCAAGAAGCUGGAAAAUAAUUUUGAUGACAUCAAGCACACGACUCUUGGUGAGCGAGGAGCACUUCGAGAAGCAAUGAGGUGCUUAAAGUGUGCAGAUGCCCCCUGUCAGAAGAGCUGCCCAACUAAUCUAGACAUCAAGUCAUUUAUCACAAGUAUUGCAAACAAGAACUACUACGGAGCUGCCAAAAUGAUCUUUUCUGACAACCCGCUUGGGCUGACAUGUGGGAUGGUAUGUCCAACUUCAGAUCUCUGUGUGGGUGGAUGCAAUUUAUAUGCCACCGAAGAGGGACCAAUUAAUAUUGGUGGACUGCAGCAAUUUGCUACAGAGAUAUUCAGAACCAUGAAUAUUUCUCAGAUUAGAAGUCCAUCCUUGCCACCACCAGGAGAAAUGCCUGAAGCCUACCAUGCCAAGAUAGCUCUGCUUGGAGCUGGUCCUGCAAGUAUAAGCUGUGCUACCUUUUUGGCUCGAUUGGGCUACACGGACAUCACAAUUUUUGAAAAAGAAGAUUAUGUUGGUGGUUUAAGUACAUCUGAAAUCCCCCAGUUCCGACUGCCAUAUGAUGUAGUACUUUUCGAAACGGAGCUUAUGAAAGACCUCGGAGUGAAGAUAAUUUGUGGCAGAGGGCUUUCAAACGAGGGAUUGACACUCAGUGCCUUGAAGGAAGAUGAUUACAAAGCAAUCUUUAUUGGAAUUGGUCUACCAGAACCAAAGAGAGAAUCUGUAUUUCAAGGUUUGGGAAUGGAUCAAGGAUUUUACACAUCUAAAGACUUCUUACCACUGGUGGCUCUGGCAAGUAAACCAGGAAUGUGUGCCUGUCGAUCUCCAUUGCCAUCAGUACAGGGAACGGUGAUUGUUCUUGGAGCGGGAGACACGGCUUUUGACUGUGCAACAUCAGCUCUGCGUUGUGGAGCUCGUCGUGUUUUCGUGGUCUUCAGGAAAGGGUUUACGAAUAUACGCGCAGUCCCAGAGGAGAUGGAACUUGCAAAAGAAGAGAAGUGUGAAUUUCUGCCAUUCCUUUCUCCUCGGAAGGUGGUAAUGAAAGGAAGGAAGAUUGUUGCUAUGGAAUUUGUUCGGACUGAGCAAGAUGAAGAUGGAAAUUGGAACGAAGACCCAGAUCAGGUUGUCCACCUGAAAGCAGAUGUUGUGAUCAGUGCCUUUGGUUCAGUUCUCAGUGACCCUAAAGUAAAAGAAGCUCUGAGUCCUAUCAAGUUUAACAGAUGGGGCCUUCCUGAAGUCAAUCAAGAAACCAUGCAGACAAGUGAGCCAUGGAUUUUUGUGGGAGGGGACAUUGGUGGAAUGGCUAACACUACUGUGGAAUCAGUGAAUGAUGGAAAGCAAGCUUCCUGGUAUAUGCACAAAUACAUACAGUCUCUAUAUGGUGCUGAGGUUCCUGAGACACCACGACUGCCUCUUUUCUACACUCCUAUUGACUCAGUAGACAUCAGCGUAGAAAUGGCUGGACUCAAGUUUCCAAACCCUUUCGGCCUUGCCAGUGCAACUCCAACAACCAGCUCACCAAUGAUCCGCAGAGCCUUUGAAGCAGGAUGGGGAUUUGCAUUGACGAAAACGUUUUCACUAGACAAGGACAUUGUAACAAACGUUUCUCCAAGAAUAAUACGUGGAACUACAUCAGGUCCCCUCUAUGGUCCAGGCCAAGGUUCUUUCCUGAACAUCGAGCUCAUCAGUGAAAAAACGGCAGCUUAUUGGUGUCAAAGUACCACUGAGCUGAAGACUGACUUCCCUGAAAAAAUUGUCAUUGCGAGCAUCAUGUGCAGCUAUAAUAAAGACGACUGGACUGAACUUUCAAAAAUGGCUGAGGCCUCUGGAGCAGAUGCCCUGGAGUUAAAUUUAUCAUGUCCGCAUGGCAUGGGAGAAAGAGGCAUGGGCUUGGCCUGUGGGCAGGAUCCAGAGCUGGUGCGGAACAUCUGUCGCUGGGUGAGGCAAGCUGUUCAGAUUCCUUUCUUUGCCAAGCUGACCCCAAAUGUCACAAAUAUUGUGAGCAUUGCAACAGCUGCACAAGAAGGUGGUGCAGAUGGUGUUACAGCCACCAACACUGUGUCAGGGCUGAUGGAACUGAGAGCAGAUGGCACACCUUGGCCUGCUGUCGGUCUGGGGAAGAGGACUACAUAUGGUGGAGUAUCAGGAAAUGCCAUACGGCCCAUUGCCCUUCGAGCAGUUUCUGCUAUUGCUGGUGCUCUUCCAGGAUUUCCCAUCCUAGCAACAGGAGGCAUUGACUCAGCUGAGAGUGCCCUGCAGUUUCUUCACAGUGGUGCUUCUGUUUUACAGGUGUGCAGUGCUGUACAGAAUCAAGACUUCACUGUUAUUGAGGAUUACUGCACUGGGCUGAGGGCUUUGCUUUAUCUGCAGAGCAUAGAGGAACUUCAAGACUGGGAUGGACAGAGUCCAUCAACUAUCAGGCACCAGAAAGGAAAACCUGUGCCCAAAAUGGUUGACUUGAUGGGAAAGAAACUUCCCAGUUUUGGCCCCUAUCUUGAGCAGCGCAAUAAGAUAAUAGCGGAGAAUAAGCUGAAACUGAAGGAGCACAGCAGCCUGGUUUCCAAACUCGAGGGAAAACGUUUUGUUCCAAAGAAGCCCAUCCCAACCGUGAAGGAUGUAAUUGGAAAAGCACUGCGGUAUAUUGGAACAUAUGGAGAGCUCAGUAAUGCCGAGCAAGUUGUGGCUCUGAUUGAUGAGGAAAUGUGUAUCAACUGUGGCAAAUGCUACAUGACCUGUAAUGAUUCUGGAUACCAGGCUAUACAAUUUGAUCCAGAAAUCCACCUGCCCACUGUUACCGACAGUUGUACAGGCUGCACUCUGUGUCUCAGUGUCUGCCCUAUUAUUGACUGCAUCCGAAUGGUUUCCAGGACAACACCUUAUGAACCAAAGAGAGGCCUGCCCUUAGCUGUGAACCCAGUGUGCUGAGGUGAUCAGACCAGCAGUUAAAGUGAACCUUACAUUUGCUUGAUUCUAUUGAUUUGUUUUCUAAUUAGUGCCAGCAACUCCAACUACAUUAAAGAAAGGGUGGGGCGGGGAGAGACCUAAUGAUGGCAGCUAUUAUAAUACUGGCUGUAUCUUCCAAUCUAUUUUUUAAAAAAACUUUCUGACAAACAGAAGUUAGUUUGUCAAUUCUUUGCUGUCUGAGAAGCAUAACUUUUUUUUCUUUUGCAAAUCCUUGUAUGCUCUGAUUAUUUUGGUAAUCUCCCCACCCCACUGCAACAAACUGCAAAAUUAGGGGAGCUUUUUCUAACCAACUAAACUCAACAUGUAGACAAACUUUGUUACCAGGGAAACAUUUAGUAAUUACAUAUUCCAUUUCAUUUUAAAACUGGUUUUUAGAAGAUGUAAUUAACUGCAUAACGCACAAACAAAGCAAUGCGGCUGUGUGUGUUCUUUUUUAACAGAAAGAUAUAAAAAGGGGUUUAAAAUAGUGUUUUUGAACUAUUAAUCAGUUUCAACUGCUGCAACAUAUGGCACUGUAUUACCUUAAUUCUCCCUAAAUUCUACUUCUGACUAGGCACUAAAAACUAAAUUUGCAAACACAGUUCAUGUUUUGCCUUUUAAUGCUUCUUAAUAGGUAGCAUGAUUUCUUUGUUUCUGUUAAUGAAUCUUCAGAGCAUGUGCAUUAACUGCAUUCUUUUGAAUGGAAGCAUUCACUCAAGAGUCUGAUUUACAGUAGGCUGCUGUUGUACUGAACUACUGUCGGAAGAUGAGAUUAUUGUUAAGAUGUGUACCCUUUUCAACCAUAGACCAUACCAAUGUUACCCAUAACUCUUGUGCACAGUGCCAAACACAGUGUCGGAGCUAAGGAACUCAUGGAGGUGAUAGCAAUAAGACAAUAUGUGGCACAGAGAAGCUCAGCUGAUGUAGUGUCUCUCAUCUCCACAGAACGAUGGUGGGAGAAGCUAUAUAGCUUAUGCCAGCCACAGAGUGUGCAUGGAGGGGAGCUCUACUGAGCCAUCUCCUCUAUACCCCCAAACGUACCUGUCUCUGUGCGAUACAAAAAGCUGCACAGAUAACAUAAGCCCAUCUCACACCUCACUUACAAUCAUGUUGUAGCCCACUCCUCCUCAGGCCCCUGGCUCACAGAGUAUCUCCACAAAGAGGGCGAAUAUGCUGUGUACUGGUGACCUUUGAGAUGAGUGUAAGUGAGGUGUGAGAUGUUUGCAUUAGUGAGCAAAAAGCCCUCGCAUUAUUAGGGAUGGCCAGCAUGUUGCUGUGUAGCCAGCAAUGUAGCAGCACACCCAGGUAGUGGGAGCACACCCAGUUGCAGAAGGUUAGACCCCAUCAGAAGCCUGUGGAGAACCCUCCAUCCACACAGGGCCUCGCAAAUGGAUGGGUCAAUGCAUAGUCAGCAAAACUACCCUGUUUCCCCGAAAGUAAGACCUACCCCAAAAGUAAGACCUAGCAGUAAUUUCUGAUGUACCGCUAAUUGCCCUAGUGCAUUUUUGGGGGCUAAAAUUAAUAUAAGACACUGUCUUAUUUUCGGGGAAACACGGUAGCAACAUGGAUCUAUCUCACAGUACUGCUGUGGGAAUAAAUGCAUCGGAGAUGUGCAAACAUUCUGAAACUAUGUAGUGUGUAAGAGCUAUACCGGUGUCUAGGGCAAACUAAAUCACUUUUUGAUUACAUGAAGAAAGUGUAUUAGAAAGUAUUUUUUUUAAUUCAAAAACAGAACAUGUGGCUUUGCAACAUAUGGUGAUAAUAGGCUGACAACUCUGUACCUUAAAUUUUUUAUCCAGAUUGGCUGUGUGUGUUUACAGUAAAAGUACAAUAAAAAAGAGAGAUGGAUUUCCCAGCAUCCUAAAACAGCAUGUUAACAUCCACUGAUUUUUUUAUUCUCGGUUGGGAGUUUUUAUAUAUUAAUACUUUGCUAGCUGUUUUCUUUCAAAGAAACUACAAGAAAGCCAUAAGUUGUUCAGUGUUUAAAACAGGAAAUAAUGUAUCUGUUCACUUCUUUAUAUUCUGUGUCCUCAAUUGAAAAUGUAAAAUAUGGAUUAUCCAUAUUAAAUAAUGCUUCUAUUCAAAUGUAUGUACAUUUACAGAGUUAUUAAUGAAUCAGAAUUAAGCAACA